AUGAAUGAUAAAAAUAACAUCCAUAAUAAUAAUUAUUAUUUAAAACUGGAAAACCUGAACAACAAUUGGAGCAAUAAUAUUAAUAAUAAUAAUAAUAAUAAUAAUAUGUAUAAUACCUAUAAUAAUAAUAAUAAUAUAUAUAAUACCUAUAAUAAUAAUAAUAUGUAUAAUACCUAUAAUAAUAAUAAUGAUAUGUAUAAUACCUAUAAUAAUAAUAAUAAUAAUAUAUAUUAUAACUAUAAUAAUAAUAUGUAUAAUAACCAUAAUAAUAGAAAUAUUAAUUAUAAAGGUUAUAAAUUAAAAAAAAACUAUCAUACAUAUUCAAAUAUAAAUAUAUCAAGGAAUACAAAUUAUUAUUACCCUCCUGAGAAUAAAAAUGUGACUAAUGAGUAUUAUAAAUAUGACUUUGAUAAUGUGGAAAAAAGAGAGUGUAAUAUAAUAAAUGAUAAAUCUUAUAAAAUUGAAGACAAAACAGAUAUGAAAAAUGAUAUAUUAUAUAUUCAAAAUAAUAGCUUAUACAAUCAUCAACCUACAAUUAAUAAUAACACACAAGAAUUAUACCAUAAUAAUAAUAAUUACAAUAACGAUAUAUAUUUUUAUGAACCUUGUGAAAAAGAUGAUUAUUUGGAUUCCUCUAUAAAAGAUAUAUACUUUGAUAUUUAUAGUAAUGAUAUAAAUGAAAACAUAAAUAAUAAAACCAAUGAUAUUAUAAAUAAUAAUGAAAAAAGUAAUAAAUGUGAAGAGAAUAUAAAUAUUUCAAAUAAUACUCAUGAAUAUAAAAAUUUUGUAAAUGAUGAUAAACAAUUAUUAUUAGACCAUAUAAAAAGACUUGAAUAUCAAAAUAAUAUAUUCCUUAAUAAUAUGUUGAAUAUGUAUUAUGUAUGUAUUGAUUAUAUAAAGUUACAAGAUGAUAAAAUUAAAAAACAUGAAGAAGUUAUCAAUUCACAAAAGGAAUUUAUUUCCAAUUUAAAGAAAAGGUUAUCUUCUAAUGAUAACACAAGUGUAGCAAAUGAUUUAAAUAUUAAUCAUAUCAAUAAUUAA